AUGCAAAGUGGCAAUUAUACAUAUCUUGCUUUAUUGCACAAGACAGAGCAUGAAACGGCGGUUCUUGCGCAGCAACAGCUAGAUAACGAGCAUGUCAGGCUCAUAAGAUUGAUCCCUUUCAGUGAAGAGAUACUUUUGACUAUGAAGCUGCUUGCGGAGCUGAAACAGCAAGACAGCAUUCGUACCUAUCAGACUAUCUCUACGCUUGAGGGUAAUGGGCUCAUACGCACAACAGAGGAGUUUUUGAAGGAAGUUCCUCUAUGUGAGCGAAUACUCCCUUAUAUCUUACGUGAAGAGUCUAUGCAUGCAGAAGAUGUUAAGCAAUUGGCUCGGGGAAUUGCUGAUGCCUUAACUAGAUGCUGGGAGCAACUGUCUAAGCUGAUUGUCGACAAGUCCAAAUUGUCUUGUGUCCUGUUAUCGUCACUGACUCUACACAACGUAACUAUCGCACCCUCAACUAGUGAUGGGGUCCCUACCGUUCGCUGUGUCCUAAAAGCGCCGGGCCUUUAUUGCACACAAGUAGAAGAUACCACAGCAGCACCAGCACUCAUUUCUACCAGGUUUGGCAGGCUAUUGUAUUGUUUACUAACUACAUCGGUAUGCGAUUCUCUGCCAACAGAAGCGAUGGUAGAGUCCUUAAAGUUGUGUAUGAAGGGAACAGAUCCUCUGUGGCAGAACCUUGCCAAUCUUGCCAUCGAAUGUCUCACCAGAUCAGACAUGCAGGUCUCAGAAAUAUGGCAUCGCCUGCAUGCGAGCCAUGAUGUCGUUGAUCAUCCUAUAAGCACACUAGCCUCUAAUUCACCUUCCUUCAUGCUCUCUCCUCCCCUAUCUCCACAGAGAUCACCUUCACCGUUACCCCUUUCUCUUUCUGAACUACUCUUGGACAGGCAACAACACUAUACGCCACUUAUGAUCGCUAUCAUUUCCAAUCAGCUACAUACAGCACGAAUAGUGUAUAAAGACUUUCUGCACAAGCGAGAUGCCCAUAGAAACACAGCACUAAUUCUGGCUGUGCUGUGCAAUAACAUACCUUUGGUUGAAUUGCUAGCAGAGCAUGAGCACGGCUGCACCAAUUCAAAUGGUGAUACCGCACUACUAGUAGCCAUCACAAAUGGGUUCUAUGAAUGCUGUCUCCCUCUUUUCCAAUACGAGCUCUCAAUACCGAAUGACAUCUCAGGGAUUCUGCCACGACAAAUGGCUUUUGAGGCCUGCCAAUAUUCUAUUCUCGAUGCUAUUAUCGCCUUUCAAGGGGUUCCUCGGGAUUCAGAGGGAUGCACUGCAUUGAUGCGAGCUGCUAUGGAUGGAUAUCCGGUUGAUGACUUAGUCGACAAGGAAUUUGGGUGCACACAUGACGCAUCCAAUGGGUACACAGCGCUGAUGUUUGCUAUCAUCAAUGGGAACAAUGAUGCAUGCAGAAAGCUAGCAAGAUACGAGGCGCUGAUUAAAGAUAGCACCGGUAAGUCUCCAUUAGAGCUCGCAAUCCUAUCGCAUCAAGCAGCGUGUGCUCUUACACUUCUCCAGAGUAGUCAGAAUCCGCUGUUUGAUACCGGUGUUAACGCUGAUUUGGUAGCUGCAAUAACUGCUGAGCAGUGGGGCGUCGCCGAGAAGCUUUUAAGACAGCUGAUUGGCAAACGAUUGGUGUCAAGAGGUUCAAAGCGUCGUCAAUCUCAACAGAAGAAUACUGUUUGUAACAUAAUCGAGAUAGAUGGUGAAGGCAAUACAGAGCUCAUGAGAUACUUUGCUACAGAGCUUAUUACUAACAUCGAAAGUAGGAGGAGUUACUGGCAAGCACUAAUCCCCACUCAAGCAGGACAUGUGAAUAAGGCAGGAGAGACUGCUCUUCACAUUGCAAUUCGGAGGGGACUCGUGUCGGCUAUUUCGCUGCUUGUUCCCUACGAGAUGCACAUUAGAGACAAAUACGGAUGUCUUCCACUUAGACAGGCUGUCAGCCUCCGUAACGAAAGUGCCGUCACAGCCAUUUUGGAUACCUUGCACCUUUUUCGAGACACAAAUCAACGACUGCACAUCAUCAAACUUCUAGAGCACAGGGACUGGGAAGCGCUAACAUGCUUCUUUGAAGACUUUCCAGAUACCAGCGCUCUCCUCUAA